GAAUUAACAAUUCAAAAGUCCACUUUGAAACACGUUGCAACCGCUUUGUUUAGUACAGUUUUUUUAAGAAUCAAAUCUUCUCUUCUCGUAUGUUUAUGAGCAAAGUAAGGGUCAUCAUUUUCAGUGUCUACACAGUAUGACAUCAGCUGGAAACACCAUGGACGACGAGGACACAUUCAAGAUCCUCAUUGCUACUGAUAUUCACCUCGGUUUUCUAGAGAAGGAUGCCAUAAGAGGAAAUGACACAUUCGUAACCUUUGAUGAGAUCAUGAAACAAGCCGUGCAAAAUGAGGUUGACUUUGUUUUGUUGGGUGGGGAUCUCUUCCAUGACAAUAAACCGUCCCGCAAGACUAUGCACUGCUGCAUGGAGGUGAUGAGGAAAUACUGCAUGGGUGACCGGCCAAUCAUCUUUGAAAUCCUCAGUGAUCAGGCUGUCAAUUUCAGCCACAGCAAAUUUCCAUGGGUGAACUACUUGGACAGUAAUCUCAACAUCUCCAUCCCUGUCUUCAGUGUGCAUGGUAACCAUGAUGAUCCAACUGGGGCUGAUGGCCUAUGUGCUAUAGACCUGUUGAGCUGUGCUGGUCUGAUCAAUCAUUUUGGCCGCAGUCGCUCAGUGGAGAAACUUGAGAUCAGUCCAGUUCUUCUGCAGAAAGGAAAUACCAGGAUUGCACUUUAUGGAAUUGGUUCCAUUCCAGAUGAGAGACUCUACCGGAUGUUCACCAAUAACCAGGUGACCAUGCUUCGUCCCAAGGAGGAUGAAGAUGGCUGGUUCAACUUAUUUGUCAUCCAUCAAAACAGGAGUAAGCAUGGGGCGACAAACUACAUCCCUGAACAGUUUUUGGAUGAUUUCCUAGAUUUGGUGGUUUGGGGUCAUGAGCAUGAGUGUAAAAUUGCUCCAGUCCGUAACGAACAGCAGCUCUUCUAUGUCACACAACCCGGCAGCUCCGUCAUCACCUCGCUGUCACCAGGAGAGGCAGUCAAAAAGCACAUUGGGUUAUUGAGAGUGAAAGGGAAAAAAAUGAAUCUUCAGAAAAUUCCUCUACAGACCGUCAGGCAGUUUUUCAUUCAGGAUGUGACACUCUCAGAGCACCCUGACCUUUUCAGCCCAGAGCAACCCAACGUCAUGCUCAAAGUCAUGGCUUUCUGCCAGGAGAAGGUUGAAGAGAUGCUUGAAGAGGCAGAGAGACAGAGACUUGGGAAUUCUCUAACUCCCCAGAAACCUCUCAUCAGGCUACGAGUGGAUUAUAGCGGGGGUUUUGAAGUUUUUAACACUAUGCGCUUUAGUCAGAAGUUUGUAGAUCAAGUGGCAAAUCCCAAAGACAUCCUGCAUUUUAUCAGACACAGAGAGGCCAAAGACGAUGUUAAAGAAGAAGGUAUGGACUUUGCGGCAAUUCUCUCUCGUCCCACCUCUGAAGUCUUACAGCUGAGAGUGGAAGAUCUUGUGAAAGAAUACUUUCAGAAAGCUGAGAAGAAUGUGCAGUUGUCUCUGUUGACGGAGCAAGGCAUGGGAAAGGCAGUGCAGGAGUUUGUGGAUAAGGAGGAGAAAGAUGCUAUAGAAGAACUCAUAAAGUACCAGCUGGAGAAAACUCAACGGUUCCUCAGAGAACGACGGGUUGAAGCCACAGAGGAGAAGAUUGAUGAGGAGAUUCGACAGUUUCGAGACUCAAAGAGGAACACAGCAGAAGAGGAUGAGGAAGUGCAAGAGGCUAUUAUUCGUGCAAAAGCUCAUAGGGACUGCAGUGAUUCUGUUAGAGAUGAUGACCUCAACCUAUCAGAUGAGUCAGCUGACAUUGCUGUGGAAUCAGAUGAAGAGUACACUUCUGCUCCAACAAUCCGUGGAAGGGGGCGUGGCUCCAGAGGUUCAAGCAGAAGAGGAAGAGGAAGAGGAAGAGGAAGAGGUUCUGCCUCAAAGUCAGGGCGGGAUGGACAUGGACAAAAAGGAUCUCUCUCAAGUGCACUGACAAGCAAGUCAAUAAUGGAUGCAUUCCAGGGUUCAACCCAGAGGUCCUCUCGUGGAAACACACCAAAGACAUAUGCUGAUGAGCUGGCCCAGUGUGUUUCGAUUGGCAAAUUGCUUAUACCAUAUUCCAGAAAUGUCACAAAUGUGAGUUUCCAUUUGCUCAAUUGUAAAUUUUUACGAAAGCAUGAGUUUUACCAGUUUGAAUCUCAUUCAGACCCUGAAAAUGUUUACAAACAAAAAGAUCAUGCAGAAAAAGAACAAAUAAAAGGGUUUUGGAACCAGGAAGGAAGAAACUAAACAGAAUCUCUUCAACAUGGCACCAACAUGCCACAACAACAUGCAACUAAAGCAGCUCAACAAGGCCUUGCCCAUGAGUGGAGAUUAUUUAAAUGAGUGACAUUGUCACUUCACAAGCUCCAGAAGCAGCAAGUUGUAGUCCCAAUUAGAAAUUUGUUCUUGAAAAGUAUUUUCUGUUAAACAAAAACUAAGUUAAGCAUCAUAAACUUGCAAAUCCUUUAAAUUUAAUUUAAAUUAUGCAUUUAGCAGACGCUUUUAUCCAAAGCAACUAACAGUGCAUUCAGGCUAUAAAUUUUUACCUGUCGUGUUCCCGGGGGGAAUCAAACCCCCAACCUUGCGCUUGAUAAGGCAAUGCUCUACCAAUUGAGCUAAAGGAACACUUAUUAACAGUUAUUUGCAAUUAUAACUAUAUUUGGAGAGAGUAUAUAAGCUACAGAUACCUUUUUUAGAGAUUAUUUUCAAGUGGAGAGAACAACUGCAUGCGACU